UUCGAUGUAUUAUAUUAGAUUAGUUUGUCUUAGAAACUUCAGAUAAUCGUGUUGAAAAGUUUCUCGGUCUUGGUGUCUCAAGUAAAGGUUGACGUGUUCGAUGGUAGUAUCCUGAUGCGCGAAUUUGUGAUACAAUUUAAUUUACUAACGCGAAGAAACAAAACUUUAAAACCGCAGCAACAUAAUAAAAGUCUGAAUAUUAUAGUCAUGUAAAGUCGAAAUUGAUCGAUAAGGACACUAAACAAUUCAAAGCAACGUUUUUUUAACUUAAUGUAAAAAUAUUUUGAAAAUACCGAUUUCAGUAAGAAAGAAGACGAGUAAUACCUACAGACAAAAGCCUCAUAAUGUUACGCCAACAACAUCUGUUUAUUUGGUGUAUCUGCACCAAUUUAAUUGCGUUAUUUUGUGUUCCUGUACACACUCAAGAAUUUAAUAAUGUUCGUAUUCAGACAACGCCCGUUUACGCCAUUGCUUCGAAAGCCGAUCUUCUCAACUCAACGACAUGCGGAAAAGAGUUGCAAAACUUCCGAGACGCUGUUGAUCAACAGAUACUAUGGAGCUUAAAAGUUUUAGAUUCCAGUGGCGGAUAUAAACCAGGUUAUUUUUACGGAAAUAAUUAUUGGCUAGGCAGUCGUAGUCAGUGUCUCGAUAUGAUGACUAAAAAUUUUAUGACCUUAUCAUGGGAAAUAUUAAAUAAUACGCAGUAUAAUCAUUCGCAACAAAAAUUUUCGCCUUUUGAAAUAAAUUACUUUGUUGCUCAUUUUAGACACAAUAAUACUCUUCAACAUUACAUGCAUGUAGUUGAAGAAAAUGUGAUAACGCUAGGACUCUGUCUGCCAGCAUCGUGCUCUACAAAUAAUCUAAGCUUUAUUUUGGAAAGAAUAUUACAUGAUAAAGUUAUCUUAACGUUUGAUUUUUAUUCCACCGAUCUUUAUUUGAUUCAAGUUAAAGAUCUAAAAUAUAAUGACAAGUGGCUAUCCGGUGGUGCAUUAUUUUUUAUCUGUAUAGGUUUAGGAUUUUGUUUUAUGACAACAAUCGGAACGAUAUAUGAUGUAUUCAUUAAUCAAAAAAGUGUUGUAGUGAAAAAUGAGAUGAAUGAAACUAAUGGAAAUAUCAAAGACGAGUCCAAAAGAAUGGAAAUAAAAUUAAAUCCGUCUUCUCAUUGGAAAAGUGUAAUUGGAACAGUAUUAAUAUGUUUCUCCGCUUAUACAAAUACGAAAAAAAUGUUUAGUACAAAAUUAAAUACUGGUACAAUACCGGUCCUUGAGGGCUUAAAAGUUAUAAAUAUGUGUUUUAUAAUUGCAUUACACGUUAUAGUUUUUGAAGUAAAUUUUUUUGAUAAUAAAGUAUGGAUGUGGAAAACUUUGGAAAUUUGUGACUAUUUAAUUGAUCCAAUGAUUGGACUCGUAUCAGUCGACAUUUAUCUUUUUUCUAGUGGAUUUUUGGUGGCUCAUUGGUAUUUGAGAGAUAAAGCAAACAAAAUUCUGAUUAAGCCAUUCAGAUAUACAGAAAAAUUAAAUGAACUUUUUAUUAACAUAGUAAAAAGAUUUCUUCGGUUGACACCAACUUACAUAAUAGUGUUGGGAAUAACGCAAUUGAGUUCAGUUUGGUUUGACAACACAUCUCAAUUUUAUGCGUAUGAGAAGUAUCACAAAACUUGUGCAAAGUACUGGUGGAGAAAUCUUUUAUACAUAAAUAAUUUAUUUGCUGUAGAUGAAUUGUGCAUGAAUUGGAGCUGGUAUCUGGCUGUUGAUACGCAAUGUUACGUAAUUGUUUUAAUGAUAUUAAUUUUAUUAACUAUGUACUUCUACGUUGCUGUUAUAAUAUUGGGCGCACUUUUAAUAGGAUCAAUUAUUCUUACUGGUUAUAUUUCAUAUGUUUAUGAAUAUAUUCCAUCAUUUCAUGAAUUAUAUAGAUUUGCAAAUGUCUUAUACCUCCCACCAUGGACGAGAAUAAAUUCAUUUAUUAUUGGUGCAAUUACAAGUUAUAUUUUAAUAAAAUUAAAUAAUAUUUUGCUCUGGAAAAAGAAAAUUAUAGUUCUAUGCUGGUGCGUCUUUUGUCUUGCCAGUGCUUGUAAUAUUUUAGUAUUAUUUGCGAUUAAUAAGCGAUACGUAUCCGUAUUAGGUAUUGCUGUUUAUAUUGCUUUACAAAAAACUCUUUGGGCUAUUGGUUUAGCAUGGAUUGUAAUAGCGUGUACUACGAAACAUGGAGGCAUCGUUAAUAAGCUACUAUCGUUUAAAGGUUGGAUCCCUUUGAGCAGACUCACUUAUUGCGUUUUUCUUUUACAUCCUAUCAUUAUACAAUCGAUUAGUUUACACAGUGAAACAUCAAUUCAUUUUGAAUUUCUGCCGUAUGUUGUUCUAUCCGUGGGAUAUAUUGUAAUUAGUUACUUGUGCGCUUACGCAUUGUCUAUGAUAGUGGAAAUGCCUAGUCUCUUGUUAAUGCAAACAUUCCUCCAAAAUCGUAAUAGGGUAGAUAAAAAAAUAUUGUAAUUUUAAUAUAAAUAUGUAAAACUAUACAUGUAAU